CUGAAUAAGUCAGAAUGGGCUGGAACUGGACACAUUCUACACACCUUUUCCAUUUGCUAAUUAGGCCCUGCCUCUCUGGGACAGAAGACUCCCUAGCUGGCUGGGCAAGGGCAUCGCACCGACACCCGGGACCGCCAUGAAGCUGCUCCACGGGACCUUCCUCUUCCUUUCUAUGUGCAGCCUCUGCUACAGUCAAGGAAGCCAGGUUCCUACAAACAUUACAACAACGACUAUGUAUUUCUCAUCUGCGAUUUCCACAUCUUCAUCUCCAUCAAAUGUAAAAAAUGAGACUGUUCAAACUACAGUGGAUACUCCAGGAAAACUGAACACUUCAGUGGUAACAGAAUCAGUGACAACAUCACCAGUAAGAUCAUUGACAUCAAAAUCAAUGCCCUUCACAAACACUGGAACACUCAAAGAACCAUCAUCGACACCUAUGAUUUCUACAAAGUCUUCAUCUAGCUUAACAGUGGCAACGACGGAAAAAGAAUCCCCCCAAACUGAGAGCCCAACUGAAGUUUCCAGCACUGCAAAACCACAAGGUUCUGAUCACCGAUUUCAGAGUACUGCAUCAACCACAGAAAGCAGCCAGAAGAGCAAUCACAUUUUGACAUUAUCCACAAAAAAGUCAGAAAAUACUUUAGGAAUGACUACCACCCCCUACAUCAAGGACCAGGGAAGCUCCAAAGGUGUGAUUUUGCCAGUUGUUAUUGCUCUGAUAGCAAUAACACUCUCAGUAUUCACUCUGGUGGGAUUGUACCGAAUGUGCUGGAAGACAGACCCAGGUACACCAGACAAUGGAACUGAUCAGCCCCAAUCAGACAAAGAAAGCGUUAAACUUCUCACUGUCAAGACAAUAUCUCCUGAGACCAGUGAGCAGUCUGCUCAAGGAAAAAAUAAAAACUGACAAUCUGAUGAGUCCUCUCCACACCUGGGCCAAUAAAAAUGUAUGAAAAAGCACAUUGCUGUAUGUGGCAAGAGUUUCUCUUAAAGAACAAGUUUCAGCUAAGGACUGCCAUAUCACAAGCUGAUGAACCAACUGGCAACAUUCACUUUCUAUCUCUUUUCAUCUUUAAAAUAUUUACAAUUUUCAGCCUUGGAGAUGUUUGUUAUCUCAGCAGCUUUUCAUUACCUGGUGUUCCUAUUUAUUUUUUUUUCUUUAUAUGUUAAAGCAGAACCUUUGCAAAUCUGUUUAAAAUUUGCCAUCGCCCUUUUGUACAUAUGAGUGUUUUAUUCAACUUUUUUCAUAUACUGAAACAUUUUUCAUAUACCUGAAGUAUGUAUAUGUCUUUUUAUUGCACUUUUAAUAAAUAAUGACUUUCUCAAAAUGCUUACAGGCAAUGUGAAUGUGGAGAUGGCAACUGGAUAUUUUCUCCACAAUUUUGUGUAUUUCUCUGUUGCUACCUUAAUAGCGUAUUAAUCUUGGGACCUUCAGUAGUGGAGUUCAGUAGUGAAAACUACAUAAGAAAUAAGAAACAGUAAAGACAUGUCAACAUAAUAGCUGUCCAUUCCCUCUGUGUGACCAGGAUUUGACACCUCCUGGACUAUAUUCAUCAAAGGGAUAAGAACAUAGAUUUGUCAUUAAUCCACUCAUUCUAUACAUAUAUUUAACUCUUUUAGAAAUUUAGGAAAUAUUUCUGGUGAUCGUUGCUGAAUUUCCCUGAUUAUAGAAAAUGGGCAUUUUAUAAGUGCAAAAUCAAGCUAUUACCAGCCAGGAUACUACUUUCUUAAAAAUACAAUAUGCUGCUAGAUAGCAGCCCAUUGGGAAAAAGAUCAUCUCUUGGGAGUUGCCUGCUCAACUCUGAUUCCUGUUUUGCCUUGGUGCAUAGACAUCCCAAAAAGAAAACCAGAAGAGGUUUUAUGAGAUAUUAAUGAGCAUGCCAUAACUAAUACUUUAAUUUUUGUGAUUACCUAAACUGAUUUUUAUGCUUACUUAUCUGAGGGACCCAAGGUCAGUAUAUAUGAUCUAAACUAGUAUAUUUUUUAAUGUUUAUUUUUUUUCCUUUCUCUUGAUGAAGUGAGUUUGAAGAGAUUUACCUCUGAGGGUUUCAAUAAAUGAUCAUGUUUUUUUCCAGCUUCCCGAUGAAUGAAAAUUUUCCAACACAAGUUCAAGUAGUUACCACAACCACACCAUUGAUAUUUCUCUAUUUGUUUACUUAGAGAGAAGAGGAAAAGAAGAGAUGAUUGUAGGAUCAUAUAUACACAGCUCUAAUGGACCUUAGAGUUCACUUAGUUCAAUUCCUUCAUUAUAUAGAUGAGGAAAUUGAGGCCCAGAAAAGUUAGGUGAUUUGCUCAAGGUCACACAGAUAAUGUCUGUGGCAGGAUUUAAGCCUAAGUCUUCCUGACUCCAAGCUCAUUACACCAUACAGCCUCUCUGAGGCUGGCAAAAGGGGUAUGGGAUAUAGGUAAAUGAAGGAGGGAAGGAAAAAUUCUCCUCCAAAAACAGUCUUCAAGCUGAUGCACUUGAAUCUAAUCCUAAUAGCCUUGGAAGACUGCUGUAAUCCAGUGAAAAAAGUCAGUGCCUCCAUGCAUAGGCAGGGAACAUAAUUCUGAGCUCCUCUAUGGUUACUAUGCUGCUUGGCUAGAAAUCGGAAGGAAGGAAGGAAGGAAGGAAGGAAGGAAGGAAGGAAG